AUGCCGAAACGCUCCUACAAUCCGUCGACAAGCGAAGAGGAUCGUAUUCCGAUUGUCGAGAAGCUUUACAGGGAAAACCAGGAGCCCGAUUUCAUCGGCGGCGGAUUUUGCGACGACGAUGAUGAGGUGCAAGAGCGACGAGAGCAGAUUGCCGAGCAUCGACAAAAGAAAGCCGACGCCGCAUUCAGCCAACUCCAAGCGCCCGACGAAUGCGAAAAAUGCGGAAAAAUGCUGUUGGACAGUUGGCUCUGGGAGCGCUAUUGUUGUGCGGUGUGCGAUUCGUGCAGAGACGACAAAGGAGAGCACAAAUUAAUGGCGCGAACCGACGUGAAGACAACCUAUUUGUUAAAGGAUUGCGAUUUGGAUUUGCGCAAACCGCCAUUAAGAUAUUGGUCGAAAAAGAAUCCCCAUAAUCCUCGAUACGGCGAUAUGAAGCUGUAUCUCAAGAAGCAAGUUGAAGCACGAGCGCUGGAAGUUCACGGGAGUUGGGAGCAGCUCGAAAUGAAGAAGGAGCUUCGCGCUCAAACCAAAGACGUCCGAUCCGAAAAACGAUUCGAGAAGAAGUUAAAAGAUUUACGGCAGCAGAUACGCGGCAAUUCCGGCGCACUCAUCGAGCCCACCAAACGCCAUAUUCAUUCGUUCGGCGCCGAAGUCCCCAUCGACGACGACACCUAUAAAAGGUCCUGCGACGAAUGCGGCUACGAAGAAACGUUCGAGAAGAUGUGA